GUUUCUUGUGCGUUCAUUACUCGCGAGUUAUGAGAGCAGCCCGGGUUCGGACCUAUCAGUUACCAUCGGGUCCGACGUCCUGACGCAGCCGCGUGCUGGAGAAAACGCUUGUCCCAAACACAACCGUGUCUCCAUUACCCCGCGAAAAAACAAAACAAAAAAAACCAUCGUUCGAUCGAUUAAACCGCGAAUUCGACCAAGUGCAAAGAGUGUUGUUUAUGUAAGAUUUCAUCCCGAUCUCCAUGUAACAUUGUUCCACUUUAUCUCGUCUGUGUCUAUCGAUACCUUAGCGUCGGUAAUCAGUGAUCGUUCGUGUUAAAAAGGCCGCAAAAGGCGGAAGCCGUUUAAUUUCGACGCGCACUCGUGAUCUACGGAAGGUAGCUGACGUCAUCCUAACCUUUCGCCUGUGAAUUUAGAGAUAGAGCUGUUUUGAAGAUAAGCCGAGGUGUCAACCUUUGUUUUGCGGGCCGCAGCGGUGGGGACUCCAUAAUGGUCUACUCUCCAUUCCUGACGUACUUUAGGACUAAGGGCAGUGAAUAAAAUGCUUUUGCAAGCUAGUUUUUUGGUGAUUUUAGUUGUCUCCGUCGCAGUCAGAGAGGCGAACGGGAAAUUCAUAUCGAAUCUGAGUCCUGUGUGCAUGCGAUGUCUGUGCCACGCGUCGAGCAACUGCAACCUGUCCCAGGGAUGCUCGCAGGGAUACUGCGGCCCGUUCUUCUUCAACAGGGAGUACUGGGAAGAUGCCGGCCGACCCACGCUGUCCGCCGACGAUGACCCUGACAGGGAUCAAGCUUUUGCGGAUUGUGCGAGAGACUUUCGUUGCGCCGAGAGAGCAGUAGAAAACUACAUGUCUAAGUGGGGUUUGGACUGCAACGGCGAUGAAGUAACGGACUGUGAUGACUAUGCUUUAAUCCAUUUCAACGGCCACAACGACUGCAACCAAGCCAUCGAGGGUACUAAUUUUGGACGCCGCUACGCCACCUGCCGGCCGAGGCCAGUCGAGGUGACAAGUAAGGAUCCUUGAGAAGCAUUUGUUCUCUACCUCUCAAGCUGCUAUAUCAGGAAUGAAGGCAGUUAGGAGCUUUUAUAUGCUUUUCAAAGACAUUUCACGCUGUUAGUGCGUGAAAAUUCCAAUUUUUUACGAACGAAUAUCCUCCCUUCUGGAGGUAUAUUAUAGCUCUCAAAGAGAUUAUAACAAAAUUGUAAAAACGAUUUUCAUGGACCUCCAUAGGUUUUCCAUGGGGCAAGGUUAUGAGCUUGUCUCCCCAGUACGUGUACAUAGUAUCUCAAUUUUGUAAAAUAUUUUAUCUUUCUAUAUCUUUUCCUUCUCCCAUCGUAUAUUUAUUGAAAAAAAGUCUUAAAUUAUUAAAACAAUUUUAUACUAAAAUGUAAUUUUUUAAUAAAACGUACUUGUGUUUCA